AUGGAAACGAGCUGCACCUCGCUCAGCCAAAACCCCAACCAGGAGCUGCUCAAGCAGCAGCAGCCGGCCAUGAACCUCGUCAUCCAGCGACGCGCUCCCCGACUGCACGAGGUGGCGACACCAGGCUGGGGCACCCUCCUGGGGAGGGGCGGCGAGCACCCGCAGCUGGCAGACUUGUUACAGUGGUACGUGGCCACCUUUAGAGACCCCAUGAUGCUCCAGCCCCCUGAGUGGUUCAAGGCGUUCAUAUACUGCGAAGCCUUCUUCCAAAUGCCCUUCUUCCCCAUCGCGGCCUACGCCUUCUUAAAAGGUGGCUGCAAAUGGAUAAGGACUCCUGCAAUUAUCUACUCCACCCACGUCGCCACCACGCUGUUCGCCAUCCUGGCGCAUAUCCUGUUCCACGACUUCUCACGGUCGGAGCACGUGGGGCCUCGGACGCACCGCGAGCGCCUGAUCCUCCUGUCCGUCUACGUGCCGUACCUCCUGAUACCCCUUCUGAUCCUUUUCACCAUGCUCUGCAACCCCCACUACAACGCCGUGGAGAAGAGGAAAAGGAAGUAG